AUGCAACGGGUCCACGACCACUUGUUGCUGGAGGAGGAGUACGUGGAGAAUAUGGAACGCCUGCGCAAGACCAAGGCCCAGGCUGCACUGGAUUCUACGAGUCGUGGUGACCUUGAUAUCAUGGACAGAAAUGCGGACGAGCGCAGCCGGGUUGAUGACAUGAGAGGCAGUCCUAUGGGUGUCGGAAACCUGGAAGAAUUGAUCGACGAUGACCAUGCGAUCGUCUCGAGCGCGACUGGACCGGAAUACUACGUGUCUAUCAUGUCGUUUGUGGAUAAAGACCUGCUCGAGCCGGGUGCUAGCAUCCUUCUGCAUCACAAGUCGGUCUCGGUCGUCGGUGUGCUCACUGAAGAGUCUGACCCCCUCGUUUCGGUGAUGAAGCUCGACAAAGCUCCUACGGAGUCAUAUGCCGAUAUUGGUGGCUUGGAGACCCAGAUCCAGGAAGUCCGAGAGUCUGUCGAGCUUCCGUUGCUCCACCCGGAGCUAUAUGAGGAGAUGGGUAUCAAGCCACCAAAGGGUGUCAUCCUUUACGGUGCUCCCGGUACUGGAAAAACGCUAUUGGCCAAGGCCGUCGCGAACCAAACCAGCGCCACUUUCCUUCGUAUUGUUGGUAGUGAGUUGAUCCAGAAGUACCUUGGUGAUGGUCCUCGUCUGGUUCGACAGAUCUUCCAAGUUGCAGCCGAACAUGCCCCUUCCAUUGUUUUCAUUGAUGAAAUCGAUGCGAUCGGUACAAAGCGUUAUGAUUCCACAUCGGGUGGUGAGCGAGAGAUUCAGCGUACCAUGCUUGAGCUUCUUAACCAACUGGAUGGAUUCGAUGACCGGGGUGAUGUCAAGGUCAUCAUGGCUACGAAUAAGAUCGAAACUUUGGAUCCUGCUCUGAUCCGUCCGGGUCGUAUUGACAGAAAGAUCCUUUUCGAAAACCCAGACCAAAACACCAAGAAGAAGAUCUUCACUCUGCACACCUCCAAGAUGUCCCUCGGUGAUGACGUCGAUCUGGAUGAGUUCAUCAACCAGAAGGAUGAUCUCUCCGGUGCCGAUAUUCGCGCUAUCUGUACUGAGGCUGGUUUGAUGGCUUUGAGAGAGCGCCGGAUGCGGGUGCAGAUGGACGACUUCCGUGCGGCCAGAGAGCGGAUCAUGAAGACAAAGCAGGAUGGAGGCCCAGUGGAGGGAUCCCAUGCCAUAGCAUGCAAUCACUACAGCAAGGGUUCCUGCAACUGGCUUGUAAUGAUCUUAACAUCAUUGUGGGAGCUGAUUGCCAUUAUGGAAGGAUUUGACGAGGAGGCUUUCAAGAAGUUCUUUCCGACCAGCUUUGGCCGACAAGAGAAGAAAGCCGAUGUGAACGCGCAGAUCGAUCGCACCAAGCGCGCAGAAGUGUCUGUUAAGCCUGAUGGCGACGACGAAAAGGCCGCCUUGAUUCAAGAGGCGGGUCCUGAAGUGAACCCCGAGGCCGGGGAAGAGAAUCGGAAGAAUGACUCGAAUAGCGACGAUGGAAGCGACGAUUCUGAUGAUGAUUCCGAAGAUGAUGAAGACGAGUUUCCUGUGUCCCAUGAACUCACUCUCAAGACACACGACCGCGCAGUGACUACCUUGACCGUGGAUCCCGCGGGAUCGCGACUGAUUACCGGCUCGACCGAUUGUACCAUAAAGCUACAUGACUUUGCGUCUAUGACACCUUCGACUAUACGCGCCUUCAAAUCCGUCGAUCCUUCAGCCAAAAAGCAGUCGGCUGCCCAGGAGGCGCAUGCCGUGCAUUAUGCUGCGUUCAACCCCUUGUCCCCUAGCUACGUCAUGGUUGUUUCCGCCACCCCGCAACCGAGGAUUUUGAGUCGCGAUGGAGAUACGAUUACCGAGUUUGUGAAGGGUGAUAUGUAUUUGAGAGAUCUUCACAACACCAAGGGUCACAUCUCGGAGGUGACCAGUGGAGCGUGGUGUCCAACCGAUGAGAACUUGUGUGUCACGGCAGGAACAGACAGUACGGUACGCAUAUGGGAUGCCAAUGUUGGCCGGUCACAGAAGGAGGUGAUCGUACACAAGUCAAAGAUGGCGGGCUCCGCUGGUCGGAGCAAGAUGACCGCUGUUGCAUGGGGCUCACCCAAGCAGGGUGGCCCUAAUGUUCUGGUUGCGGCUGCGCUCGAUGGUAGCUUGGUGAUGUGGGGUGGAAAUGGGCCGCAUACUCGGCCAAGUGCAGAGAUUAGGGAUGCCCAUACCAAGGAUACUUGGACGAGUGGAAUUGACAUUAGCUCGGAUGGCAGACUCGUUAUCACUAAGGGUGGAGAUGACACGAUCAAACUUUGGGAUACUAGGAAGUUCAAGCAACCUAUCACGACGGUUUCCCAUCCUUCAAGCACUCGGUAUACAUCGUCAAAUAUCAUAUUCUCACCUACGUCGGCCAAUGUCCUCACAGGAUCGGAGACUGGACACCUGCACAUAUUGAACCCAGCUACCCUGAAGCCCGAAUUGGUCACGCCCGUGACGCCAGGAUCCCCAGUGAUCAGCGUUCUAUGGCAUGAGAAGAUGAACCAGAUUAUUACCGGCUCAGCAAACGCCGAGACGCAUGUUCUCUACAACCCCAAUACGUCGACCAAGGGUGCCGCCCUAGUGAUGUCCAAGGCCCCGAAACGCCGGCACAUCGAUGAUGACCCGAGCCUGACCAUGGACCUUACCCAGGGCAUCUCGGGGGAUUCUGUGGUUGUCGGGUCCAACGGUGUGCCCCAUUACAGCUCAGCCACCUGGUCUGCUCGCCAUCCGACCGUUGGACUAACGGCGUCGGGUCGUUCGAGGGAUCCACGAAGACCUCACCUGCCAGCCCAGACACCUUUCGCAAAGUCGCAGCCAGAUGAGAAACACAUCCGGGAGAAUAUUCCUCUUAGCUCCAUGAGGGAUGAAGAUCCUCGAGAAGCGUUGCUGAAAUAUGCAGACAAGGCCCAAAAAGACCCAAUUUUCACUAAGGCGUGGCAAGAGACGCAGCCUACGCCCAUCUACCGGGAUAUCAGUGAUGAUGAGGGCGAACAGGGCCCGGAUAAAAAGAGGGCAAAGAGAUGA